UGGUGGAGGGGGUUGCGCGUUAGAGGGUCUGAGCGGCCCAGCCCCGCCGGCCCGCUCCGUGUCAGUCAGUCAUGGAGCGGUCGCCUCGAGCCGCAGUGGCGGCGGCGGGGACCGGGAGCCGUGGACCGGGCUGAAUCGGCAGUCCGAGUGGGAACGUGUCGCAGAGGCGAAGGAGGCAGAGGCGGCGGGUUCCGGGUGGCUGCGACGGCAGGAGGAGCCGGAGCCGCCUGGGAUGUUCAGUCAUGAAACGAGUACGCACAGAACAGAUUCAGAUGGCAGUGUCCUGCUACCUCAAACGACGUCAAUAUGUAGAUUCAGAAGGUCCUCUAAAACAAGGAUUGCGGUUGUCUCAGACUCCUGAAGAGAUGGCAGCUAAUCUCACAGUCCAAUCAGAGUCUGGUUGUGCCAACAUAGUGUCUGCAGCCCCCUGCCAGGCUGAGCCUCAGCAAUAUGAAGUACAGUUUGGUCGAUUACGGAAUUUUCUCACUGAUUCUGAUUCCCAGCACAGCCAUGAAGUGAUGCCUCUCCUAUAUCCUCUCUUUGUCUACCUCCAUCUUAACAUGGUCCAGAAUGGCCUGAAGAGCACAGUGGACAGUUUUUACAGUCGCUUCCAUGGAAUGUUUUUGCAGAAUGCCAGCCAGAAGGAUGUCAUCGAGCAGCUACAGACCACUCUAACCAUUCAAGACAUCCUGUCCAACUUCAAACUCCGGGCAUUCCUGGAUAACAAGUAUGUGGUCCGCCUCCAAGAGGACAGCUACAAUUACCUUAUCCGCUACCUCCAAAGUGACAACAAUAGUGCCCUGUGCAAAGUUCUCACCUUACACAUUCAUCUUGAUGUGCAGCCUGCCAAGAGAACAGACUACCAGCUAUAUGCCAGUGGCAGCUCCUCACGAAGUGAGAGCAAUGGACUGGAGCCGGCAGAUAUGCCCACAUCUAUUUUGCAGAAUGAGGCUGCUCUGGAUGUCCUGCAAGAGAGCAUUAAGCGAGUUAAGGAUGGACCCCCUUCACUUACCACAAUUUGUUUCUAUGCCUUCUAUAACACUGAGCAAUUGCUGAAUACUGCAGAAAUCUCCCCAGACAACAAGCUGCUAGCUGCUGGGUUUGAUAAUUCCUGUGUAAAACUUUGGAGCUUGAGAUCCAAGAAGUUAAAAUCAGAGCCCCAUCAGGUGGAUGUCUCCCGUAUUCGUUUGGCUUGUGAUGUUCUGGAUGAAGAGGAAGAUGAUGAUGACAUGGGCACAGAAAUGAAGAUCUUGCGAGGGCAUUGUGGGCCCGUGUAUAGUACAAGGUUCCUAUCAGACAGCUCAGGGUUGCUAUCUUGCUCCGAAGAUAUGUCUAUUAGAUACUGGGACCUUGGAAGUUUUACCAAUACUGUAUUAUACCGAGGACAUGCCUAUCCUGUCUGGGAUCUGGAUAUCAGUCCGUGCAGCCUAUACUUCGCAAGUGGUUCCCAUGACCGCACUGCAAGACUCUGGUCAUUUGAUCGGACGUACCCAUUGCGAAUAUAUGCAGGACAUCUAGCAGAUGUGGACUGUGUAAAAUUCCACCCCAAUUCAAACUACUUAGCUACAGGUUCAACUGAUAAAACUGUUCGCCUUUGGAGUACUCAGCAAGGAAAUUCUGUGAGGCUCUUCACUGGUCACCGGGGCCCUGUGCUUUCACUUGCAUUUUCUCCAAAUGGUAAGUACUUGGCCUCUGCCGGUGAGGAUCAGCGGUUGAAGCUGUGGGACUUGGCAUCUGGUACCCUCUACAAAGAAUUAAGAGGCCACACGGACAAUAUCACCAGCCUUACUUUCAGCCCAGAUAGUAGCUUGAUUGCCUCUGCAUCCAUGGAUAACUCUGUUCGGGUUUGGGAUAUUCGGAACACUUAUUGCAAUGCUCCUGCAGAUGGUUCUUCCAGUGAACUUGUUGGUGUAUAUACUGGGCAGAUGAGUAAUGUACUGAGUGUUCAGUUUAUGGCCUGUAACCUUCUUCUAGUGACUGGAAUUACACAAGAAAAUCAGGAACAUUAAUUUUUUUUUCUUUUUAAUGAAUUGGGAUAGUGGUGGAAGGCUUUGCAAUUAUAAGAGUCUUACUACAAACUGAGAUUAAAUCACUGACUGUGAAAGAGACUUCCUCCUCUUCUCUUCUUCCUUUCUCCCAUUGGCAGACAGAUCUUUGGUAUUGCAAAUACCAUAGUGUUGCUCUGCCCAAAAAUGUCCUAAAACACUGAGGUUGGGGAAGGAGAGGCUGAAGAAAGAUGGUGUGUAGGCUUGAGACAAGAAGUUAAGGUGCUUCUGAGAUCAGAUGGAAUUUCAUAGAGAUCUUGUUGUGAUCUUGAACAAGAACCUUAAUUUCUGUCUCACUUUUCCCAAUCACAAAAUUGGGAUAAUAGUAAUAUUCCCUCACUUCAGGGUGUAGGGACUUUUGAUUGGAUGAUGUUUGCAAAGCACUUUGAAGAUAGCAGUGCUAAAAGUGUUAAGUAUUACCAUUCACUUUGGUUGAAGGGAAAUCCUUUUGGCUUAGGAAUGCAAGGGUGGGAGUUGGGGUUGGGAGGGAGGAUGGGUAAUCCUGGCAGAAAGUCUUUCAUUUUCUGCAAUUGCAAAGAACCAGGAUUUUUUUUUUUAUUAUUGUUAUAAUUAUUAUUAUUAUUAUUAUUAUUGAGAAGAGGAAAUCUAGCACUGGCAGAGGGUUCCAUCUCUGCUUUUAUCUUUCAGGUUUGACUCCUGGCACUGGCUGUGAUACUUGGAAUUUUGAGGUUCAGGGACUUAGAGAAUUUGGUCGCACAGUGUGUUGGGAGAAAAGGGCAAUUUCUGGGUGGUGCUUAAAUCACCCUGGCUGAGGUGUUAUGGGUGGGUGGGUUUGAUUAAGAAAGUUUUGGGCUCCUGCAGUGAUGGUGGGAAGGGAGAAUUCUCUUCCUAGUUGCACCUCUCCAUAAAAGAACAUUUGUUGCAUGGGGAUACAAGUAAUUUGCAAUGGUAAGUCAUCAGUAGAAAUUGGAAAAAAUGAAUUCCCAUAUUAUCAUAUGUUCAGAGGUGUAGCUUUUUUGCAAAUUUUUUUUCCUUCCCGAAUCUCUUUGCUCCCACCUCCUGCAUUGCAAUACCAGUUUUAUGAACACUUUGUGAAACAAGUCUUAGAUAUAUUAAACCAUGCUUUGAGGAUAAAGCAAGUUCUAAUUUGUUUGUGGAGAAAAGGAUUAAAUAUUUCUGUUUUCUGAAAAGAGUUAUUUUGUAUUUUGUUUUCUAUUAAAAAAAGCAUUUAGUUAAAAAAAAGUGUUGAUACCUUUUUUGGGGCUUUGAGGAAAGGAGGAUGUGUGGUUUUGUUUAGAGAGCAAGAUGGGGAGGCUAUUUGGUCAUCAGACUGAGCUAGCAACUGAACAGAAUAUUUUCAGUAGGGCAGCUUGUCUCUCAUUAAAGUAAUAAUCAAUUAAGAAGGCUAAACUAGCCCCAAUAGAUUUAUUUGGUGCAGGUAAUUUUUAUCUCCUACCUAUUUUAAGUUCUUCAGUACAUUUUGCAUCAGGCUUACAGACAGUAUUCGACUUGGCAAUUGAGAAUAUUUAUAGUCUUAAGUCCAUUCAGACAAAUGGUAAAAGCUUAAGACUGUUAUAAUUGUUUACUUUUGGGAAUUUUCAGUUAGGCCUCCCCCUCAUAUGCAUUGUCACAACUUAGCUAAUUGAUUGUAAUAUGUUAUUUAGAUAAAAUGAAGCUUUUAUUGGUAAACUUUGGGUAAAGUUUAUAUGAUUCUUUUGUAGGUCAAGAAUUUUCAUAUUUAAAAAUGCUGGUCCCACACACCAUUAUAAUUUGAUUAUAUUAUUUUAGUCUAGAAAUUUUGUUAUGUUUGUUAGUGGACAUAUUCUAGCUUCUCUAUUAAUAAACCUACUUGGUAGAAAAUAAUGGGGAUUUUAAAAGAAUAAUUUCUCCAUCACAUAGUGUUUCCAAUGCAUUGAAAAAAAUGUCUUAGAAAAUCAUUUGCCUUUCCAAAGUAAUGAAAAUAUGGAGCUUAAGAAGUUUCUCUGAUUUGUAGGAAGGACUCAUCCAAAAGUUCUUAUUUUGUGGUUAACUUAGAACAAAGUAUCACUAUUUUCCAGUUCAUCUUUAUUAAAGUCUGGGACUGGGAUGUGCUUUUAAUUCUUUCCUUUUGAUCUGUCAGAUUUUGAAGAAUAAUAGAAGGAAUGUUAAUCAUUCUCAAAUUAAAUUGUAUCCUUUUAGAAAUGGAUGGCAUGGGUACACCUCAGGGAUUUUCAUUACCCACAAUAAUUCUUUACUUUUUAGAAAUUGUUAUUAUUCAUUUCAUUAAUGCUUUCCAAAUGAAAUGUAAAAAAAAAAUUUUAGCAGUCAUUUUUUAAAAUUUUGACUUCCAAAUUUUUGAGCUCUCUUUUCUCUAAGAGAGUAAGCACUUUGAUUUCAAUUAUACAUGUGAGAUCAUGCCAAAUUUUUCACAUUAGUCAUGUUACAACAGAAAUAAAAACAAAAAUAAGGUUUAGAAAAGUAUGUUUCAGGCUGUACAUAUUCAUUAGUUCUCUUUCUGGAGAUAGCAUUUUUCAUCAUUUGGAUCAUUGUUUUGAUCAAAGUAGAAGUCUUUCCGUUUUUUACUUCUUUAGAAUAUUGGUAACUCACUGCCAUCCACAUUAUCAUUCUUGUGAUAUUAGUUAGGCUGGAAAAGGAUAAUAAUGUAUUUUCCACAAAAAAAUUCCAUCUAAGGUUGGUUUAGCAAGAAAGAGCAGGGAUGAGAAGGAAGUGGGGGGUUAAUCACGUUAUAGGAAUAUCACUAAUGAGAGUAAAAUAAACAUCAUCAAAUUGGGUUUUUUACACUUCUAUACUAAUAUUUAAAUGAAUCCAAGUAUUUUUAAUAUCAUUAAAUUAUGUUCAAUAUAUUUAAAUUUGGAUGUGGAAGAGAUCUUUGGAGUCAACUGGACUUGUGGUCUUGGUUGUUGCUCCUAGUCAGUGUGUGUAUAUGUGUAUUAAAAGAUUUUCAGAUCUCAGAUUUCACUUUCGAAGUAGAACAUUGCAGAAGAUACUGUAGUUACAUUAUGUACUCGAUAUGUACAUCCAAUCCUUAUUUAUUAGUACAUUGUCUCAGAAGCAUGCAGAAGUUCAGUUUGUAUUUUUUAAGAAAUGCAAAUGUUCGCUUUUUGGCUUCUUGUCCUUGACCUAGUUCCCCACCUACCUGUGACAAAGAAGUAACUUUUGUGCAAGUAAUAAGCAUAAAAGACAAUUAUGUUAAAAACUGACUUUUCCUUAGUGGUUUUGCCUUUAUUUCAGGGAACAGCUGAGUUUGAUUUUCCUUGUUGGGAUUUUGAUCAGGGUUUGUAGUAUCAAGAUUUAAAAGUACUAGUAUUAAUGGUACUGAGCAAAAUGUUUGAUCCUUUUUAAAAAAUAAACUACUACUUAGGUGCGUCUCAACUAAGGCUUCUGAAAUUACCUGGGCAAAUUUAUUAUAAUUGUGAAACUUCUUAGUCUUGGAUUCCCUGCAGUUCAAGUGAACAGUCCAUCCCCUUUCAAUAGUGAAGAAUCCCCAAACUAUUUUAGCUAUUAUCAAUGACUAAUCCUCUUUUUUUUUUUUUUAAACAUUUAAAUUACCUUGUUCAUACUUCUGGUGUGGGGGAGAGAAAGGGAGAAAAGAUGGUGGACUUCAGCCUAGAUGCAAUAUAUAUUAACACUUGGGGUAUUUUGUCCAGACUUGUAAUUUCAUCAAUAUAGAGAAGGCCUGAUAUGGAAACCAAUUUCAACAGUUCUUCUGUAACAUUAAAUCUUAAAGAGUUACUUGGAGGGGCAGCUAGGUGGUACAGUGAAUAGAGCACCAGCCCUGAAUUCAAGAGGACCUGAGUUCAAAUUUGGUCUCAGACACUUAACACUUCCUAGAUUGUGUAACCCUGGGCAAGUCACUUAACCCCAAUUGCCUCAGCCCAAAAAAAAAAAAAAAAAGUUACCUGGAGCUCCUGAGAGGUCUAUGUCUUUCUCAUGGUCUCAUAACCAAUGUGAAUUAAAGGUAUGACCUGAACUCACAACUUCCUGAUAUAAGGACAGCUCCCUAUCCACAACAUCCCUUAUACUAAUGAUAAUAACAAUAAAGUUCUAUAAAACAUUAUUAGGAUUGAUAUGUAGAUUUUCAUCUAAGGGGAAAGAAAGUCAUUUAUCAGUUAAAAUGAGAUACUGAAGGUGAAGCCUUCCUCAGUUUUAACUAUCAUUUGAGAAAAAAACAAAUCAGCAAUGAUUCCAUCUUCAGACAUUUGUAAAAUAUAUGUGUUUUUAAUGUAAAGCAACCUAGCAGACCAUGCUGAAAACUAGUGGAGUUAGAAUCUGGAUCCUAAAAUGUGAAGCAAUCAACAGUUUAAAUAAGGGAGGGUGAAAAAAACCUUUUAUAAUCAUAAGGUAAGUUGAAUUUUUUGUUUUGUUUUCUUUCUCUGAUUGUUUCAUAGCACACAAAUGACAUUAACAUCUGGAUUCUUGACGGAGUUCGAGACUUCAUUGAAUUAUCUAGAUAAUUCCCAAGAUAAACUGACUAGUUUCUUAGUAAAAUUUUUUUUUUGAAUAUUCUUUUAAUUGGGGGGGCAUAUUUGAAAGUUGAGGGGAUGGGUUCCUUUCCUGGAGAAGCCUAGAAGGAGUUAGAAAUGCUGUUUUAACUGCCAUUUGUUACUUGGAUUGUCAGCGUUUCUAGGAUUGCAACCUCAUCUGUAAACAUUUAAAACCUCUUUACUGCCAAGGGGUGUCUAAACAUUUGAUUUAAUGCCUGUGAAGUGCUCUGGAGUUACAAAAGAGAAGUGCUAGACAAAUAUACAUAAAAAUAAAAUAAGUAAAUCAACAGGAUAAUUAGGUUCCAAUAUUAAAAAGAAAAGGGAAAUCUUUUGAGAUCUGACUGUUGGAUAAUAGCAAUAGUCUCUCCUCACAAGAACACAAUUGUCUAUUCCAUGAUAAUCUUCUUAACCUAAAUGAUUAGAAGAGCUAUAUUAAGACAUGUUACAAAAUCCAAAAUUACUUUGUACCUGCAAUAAAUAUUAAAGUAUGGAAAAACAGGUUUCAAUCCAUUGGCAAUGCCAGAAGAUUUAAGUCAUUUACCAUUUUAGUUAAACAAUAAUUUUUUUUUCCCCCAGAAAGGGAAUAUAAUCAUCAAAUUCUAGUACUCUAAGCUUUAUGUUAGUUUGGAGAUUCUCUGCCUUCCAUCUUUAUCUCCCAGUCAGGCCCCAAAUUCUUGCCUCCAAUUUAUGAGCUAAAAAUUAUUUAUUAAAUUUAUCAGAAAUAUACCUAUCAAAUACUUCUUACAAAGUAAAACUACAUUACAACAAUUGAUCUUCAUUGGUUUGUAUUAGGGUUGUGCAUUGUAGGGUACUUUGCUAUUUCAGACUGCGAUCUGCAUGCAACUCCUAGUGUGUGCCCUAAAGACACCUUCUUUUCCAUGGCAAAAUGCCAAAGAACUGAGUGCUCCAUGAAUUCUAUUAAUGGUUAUCCUGUGAACAAUAAAGGGACAGAGAGGCUGCUGUAGGGCAGCCUAAAUGACUGUAGGCUUCCCUCCAGCUGCAGCAUGAAAUCUUGCCGAUGCCAAAGCAUACAUAAGGCUUGCUGACUGCAGCUGGAAAGUCCUGAAAUGGCCUUCUAUUUGUUUGGAGAGCCUUUCUUUGAACGAGGAUCUAAAAUUGACUCAUACAGGGACACCUGUGAUACUGUAAUUAACUGCAGCAAAUGUGUCCUUCCAAAGUCUAUCUUGUCCUGCUUUAUUAUGCUCCAAAUAAGUUUAAAGAAAAUUCUUUCUUUAAACAUUCCAGAAAUGAUUCUUUUCUCUAGUUUACAUAUUCUCCCAGGGAAUUAUGCCUUUUGACAGGUCCUUAAAGCUUUGUUUUCCUUUUUCAGGUCUUAAACUAUGUAAUUGCCCACAAGUGAAUCACUAAAGGAAAAAGAGGAAACACAAUUCUGUUUUCUCUGUUUUUUCUCAUUCAUGGAGUCUCAUAACUAUAAACUUCCCAAAUCAAUUUUACAUUAGUAUUGGCAAUAACUGUUAACAUUUUAACAGAAUUAUUUCCUAAUUCAAAGGAAUCUUUCACCAUUUUAUUUGCCUAUUCAUAGCAACCGUCUUAUCCUAGGGCAGGGAUCCUGAAACUUUUUAAAUAGGGGGCCAGUUCACUGUCCCUCGGAUUGUUGGAGGGCCAGACUAUAGUAAAAAAACUUUGUUUUGUGGGCCUUUAAGUAAAGAAAUUUCAUAGCCCUGGGUGAGGGGGGUAAUCAUCCUUAGCUGCCACAUCUGGCCCAUGGGCUUGAGGAUCCUAGGGUCUUCAUAGUCAGGAGGAGGAGAAAGAGCAGUAAUAAUUGGGAUUUAUAUAAGGUUUUAAGGUUUACAAAGCACUUUUGUAUAUAUUAUUUCAUUUGAAAGUAUAAUUACAAGUGCUUAAUGUGUAAUGUUAGCUUAAUGCCCGCCCUCCACCAAGAUAUGAAAAAUUAACUUUUGUCUAAAUGUUUCCUGUUUGGAUAUAGUAUAAUCUAGUUUCUUGAAUUGGUUCAGAAAAACCCUAGUAUUAGCAAAUCUUCAUAAUUCUAUUAAUAGCCAACACUUAAAUUUACCUCAUUUUGUACUGAACAUGCUAUCAAAAAUGCUACCUAUUACAUCAUAACAAUAUGCAUAGAAAAAUGUACACUAGGCAAGGCAAUCAAUUGAAAUUGUAGGUUAAAACAAAUCACUGGUAAUCAUACAAAGUUUUUAUGUUUUUAAUAAAUACAAAGAACUGGUCUUUUUUUUUGCUGUUUUGUUGUUUUUUUAGCUGAGGCAGUUGGGGUUAAGUGACUUGCCUAGGGUCACACAGCCAAGAACUGCUUUUAAAAAAUUUUUUCAAAAAAAAACAUAUAAUUUUGUAAGAUUUACUCCAUUCAGGGACAUCUAUUGGUGGGUGGGUGGGUGUGCAUACUUGCGCAUAUAAAGUAAAAUAGCCACUUACCUCAUCCAGUGACUAUCUUUUUGAAUCACUGCCCUGGACCUCCAAAGUAGUGAAAUUUUCUCCAUCAGAUAGACCCUCAAAUUACCUCAGUUUAGGUUCUUAUGGCUUAAAAGAAGCAGGGAGUGAGAGGGGUAGCAAACCCAAUCCACGACAUUUUGGCGCUUUUGGCAGUGUUUGUAUUGGAUGUUGUGAUACCACCUUUAGUUCUUGUUAUUAAGUUGGGGGGAGAGGAAGGGGGAAUUUUGUGGUGUUUUUUUUUAUUGUUUUUUUCCCCUUAGAUCUAGCAAAAAUUGGUAUAUAGAGUAUGUUUCUUCAUCGUCUCUAUUGAGUACUCACCAACAAUAUACAAGAUAUAAUCAUGGAACUCAAUUCCAUUUAUAUUCUCAUUUCUUAUGAAAAUAAUAUCAACUUUAUUAUCCUCAUGGAUACAUAAGGAGAGAGAAUCAAACAGAAAUUAGAUCAUGUUUGAGGUCACAGUUGCAGAGCCAGAAGUAGCAUCUAGAACUAUUGAUUUCAUAGCUCCAUCUAAGACCAGUGGUGACAAACUCAAAUAGAUAUAGAGUCCUGUGGGCUGCAUGUUGAUGUAGAAAAUUACAAAUUAAUAUCUAUGUUAUAUUAUGUUUUUAUUUCUUCUGUUAAAUAUUUCCAAAUUGCACUUCAGUCUGGUUUGGACUGUUGGCUAUGAGUUUGACAUCUCUGUACCAGACUAUACUGCCUCCAUUGGCUCAUUUAAAAAACACCUGCAAAACUUGAAAGCAAUAAGAUUUGUGAAAACUUGGUAACAUCCACCAGUUUAAUCAUUAGCAAUAAAGCUAAGAUCUUUUAUCAGGGAGAACUUAUAUAAAGUGUGAAAACCUACAUAUAAGAGUAACCUCAUCAAUUAGGCAUUUCAUCUAUAAACUUGAAUAUAUAUAUAUAUCACCAUGCCUCAUUUUUUUUUUCAAACAACCCCUCUCCCCUCAGUUUCUUAUGCAAAUUUAGCUCCUAGCUAUAACUAGUGCUUGAAUGUUCAUGGCUUGGGUCCUAAAUGUUGACGGGACCCCAAAAGACCAAUCUGUGUGUGUAAGUAUAGGAGACAUGCCCAAAGUUCUAUAAAUUUAGCAACAAAGGUCUAUAGAGAAUGCAAAUAGUAUAUACUUGAUAAAUAAAUGAUGCCAGACUCAUCUUGAAAAUCUUGAAUGUAGCUCUAUGAUUUGCUCCUAUUAAAGCUAUUUUUCACUUAAUAAAGGGACCUGUCUCUGAAGUUUGUUCUUAGAGGGCUAAAAUUUCUAAGUGUCCUCCAUAUGUGUCCAAACUCAUAGGCAAGUUCACUGUGAAAUAAAAGGGGCUUCUGUCUUAUGUGAUGAUUUAUUUUACUUAAUGAAGCAAUGGUUCAGCUGCCAAAAUCAUUUCAAUAGACAGUUCAAUGAAUCAGCACCUAGGAUGACUGAGUUCUACUUCCUGGAUUGUAUACUUAUUUUCUUUCCGAGUCAAGAGCCAUUUAAAGUAAUAUUGCAAGUUAGGGUUUGUGAGAAAAUGUCCUCAAUGGAAAAAGAAAGCUGGCAAAUUGGUAUGGUAUGGUUUACUCUAAUUGUGCUCUUCCCAUUAAUAAAUGUUUAUUGAAAUUGAACUUUUCAUAUAACGUGUUCAGUUAAUGAAUAUUUUAUGCUUCUUUAUGAGUUCAUUGCAGCAAUGGAAAAGUAAUAAAUUCCUUAUCUUUAAAAGGAAGAGGAAUAUGAGAUGCCUCAAUCAUAGGUCUAUUUACAGAUCUAUUUCACAACUCAAAGUCAGCACAUCAACUGAGAUUGGGACAACCCAAUCCAAACUAUGAUAUUAAAAAAAACUAUAUAUACCUGAACAAGUCACUUCCUUGGGCCUGUUUCCUCAUCUAUAAAAUGAACAUCAUACUAUGGUCUUCAGUGGUUCUACAUUGACAAUUCUAUGACUAAAUAAUGAAUUAAGAUUCCCACACACAGAAAACGCUGAUGUGAUCAUGAAGUAUUCGCUUCUAAACUUCAGUUUCCUUAUCUGCAAAAUGAUGGUAAGAACACUGCACAAGAAGGUAUCCAAAAUGGGACCAUCUAGAAAAAGCAAGGGAUAUGUUAAAUGAGACCAUCUAAAUGUUGCAAUGGUAUUGAUUUAAUGUAAUGAGGCUUUCAGGAUGGUUUCCUGCAUGUUGAGUGAAUCUCCCGCAGAGAAUUUCUGGGAAGAAGAAUCACAGAAGAUGAAAAGUAAUGGAUAGAUUGUACCAUGCAUCUUUGGAGGAAGUAUCAUUGUGGAUAUAAUUAUAGAAGCUACUCCAUAAACUUGUUGUAGGGGAAACAUAUAUAAGCCUUGAAGUGCAACAUAAGAGUGAGUUACUAAAAUUUAGGAACACACUUUAUUAGACAUUACAGUUUCAAGUCUGCAGGAGCUGAAGAUGAAAACAUUUUUAAUGUUCUGUUUCUCUGUAGUGUUAGCUAAUGAAAAGAAGUAUCCUGAACAAGAGACAGAGUUUUGUAUAUACCUUUACUUUUUUUUUUAAUAAAGCUUUUUAUUUUCAAAACAUAUGCAUGGUUAAUUUGACAACACUGACUCUUGCAUAGCCUUGUGUUUCAGAUUUUCUCUUCUUCCCCAUCCCCUGUCCUAGAUGGCAAACAAUUCAAUCUAUGUUGAACAUGUUAAAAUGUAUGUUAAAUCCAAUAUGUAUAAACAUAUUUACACAAUUCUCUUGCUGCACAGGAGAAAUCAGAUCAAAAAAAGAAAAUAAAUGAGUAAGAAAACAAAAUGCAAGUGAACAACAACAAAAAAACUUGAGAAGGUUAUGUUGUGAUCCACAUUCAGUUCCCACAAUCCUUUCUCUGGGGUAGAUGGCUGUCUUCAUCACAAGAUCAUUGGAAGUGGCAUCAAUCAUCUCUUUGUUGGAAAGAAUCACAUUCAUCAGAAUUGAUCCAGCAGAAUUGAAUUGAUCCAUAUAAUAUUGAUGUCAUGUAUAAUGAUCUCCUGGUUCUGCUCAUUUCACUUAGCAUCAGUUCAUGUGGGUCUCUCCAGGCUUCUCUGAAAUCAUCCUGUUAGUUGUUUCUUAUAGAACAAUAAUAUUCCAUAACAUUCAGAUACUAUAAUUUAUUCAGCCAUUCUCGGUUGUUGAGUAUCCACUCAGUUUCCAGUUUCUUGCUACCGCAAAAGGGGCUGCCACAAACAUUUUUGCACAUUCCUUCCUUUAAGAUCUCCUUGGGAUAUAGACCCAAAAGGAACACUGUUGGGUCAAAGGGUAUGCACAGUUUGAAAACUUUUUGAGCAUCGUUCCAAAUUGCUCUCCAGAAUGGCUGGAUCCAUUCACAACUCACCAACAAUGUUCUUCUUCUUCUUCACUUCUUACCCACACUAUGACAAAAUUUUUCAACACAAAAAAAGCAUUCUGAAAUUUCUUAAAAUAAAUUUUUUUUGUUGUUUUUAACAGUUCAAAGGCCAAGUAUACUCUCAAAAUGCAUAAACAAAUGUUCAAUGUAACUUCUCUGAAGAAUAUCUAUCUGUUCAUAGCAAUUUUGCAAAAUGAAAGAAACCUGAACUUCAUUGCCUUUGGUUAGAAUUAUUUCCUAAAAUUCAACAAUGCAAUUAUUGGAAAACUGUUUUUAUUGAAAUAAAAAAAAAAAUCCUGGUUUGCACUUUUGUAAAAGGUUUUGGUCUCUUUCAAGAUGCCUUUUGCCUCUCCUAGUUUCAUCUAGCUAUUUCAUAUACUGUCCACUUACUUCACUUGCAGAUUUCUACAAGAGGUGGAGGAAUAGGACUCCUUAUGUUCCACUGUAUUAGCCACUCAAAUUGCAGAUUUACCAGAAAUGUCAAUAUCUAACUUCUUGGGGGGCAUUCUUAUGAACAAACAAAACCUCCCUCAUGUUGUUGAUAGAAAUUAUGUUAGCACUGAUAGUUUGUAAGACCUUUGUUAGUCUGUAUUGAAAGGUGAUCAAAGAUGAAUCACAGAAUCUGAAUUAGAAAAUACCUUAGCAGCCUUCUAGUCCAACCCUUGCCUGAAAAGAAUCCCAACUAUAACACACUUCCCAUUCAUCCAAUCUCUGAUUGAAGGCAACUAAGAGGACUGAACCCAUUGUUUCUCUAGAUAGCUCAUUCCACUUUUGGUCAGCUCUAAGUGUUAGGAAAUUGUUCUUUACACCAAAUCUAAGUUGCUUCUUUGUGAUUUUUAUCCCUACUCUUCACUUGACCUUCUGGGGCCAAACAAAACACAUAAAUCUGAUCCCUUUUUUCAAAUGAUAGCCUUUCAAAUAUUUGAAGACAGCUAUCAUGUUUUCUCUUCAUCCAUGAGCCUUUGUUAGGUACUUUAGGGUACUGUGCUAAGUAUUGAGCUUACAAAAAAAAGGAAAAA